AGGAACCGACCUUUACGGCCCCUACUUCUCAAGAGCCCUAAUCAGCCUCGCCGUCUGCGAGCACCGACUCUUCCAUCGCCGAUUCCCAAGGAAAAGGAGGCGGGCAGAAACCCUAGACCCGAAGCAGAAGAAUCGAGCAACCAUGUCGUACGACGACGUGGAGAUAGAGGACAUGGAGUGGAGCGAGGAGCUCCAGGCGUACACCUACCCUUGUCCCUGCGGCGACCUCUUUCAGAUCACCAAGGACGACCUCCGCCUCGGCGAGGACAUCACUCGCUGCCCCAGCUGCUCUCUCUACAUUACCGUCGUCUACAACGCCGAGGACUUCGCCGGCAGCACGAGUAAGAUGAACCUGGAGCCCUCGAAGCAACAGCCCGUCGCCGUCGCUUGAAUUUGAGGUCGGUUUUUGGAGUUGUUGUGAUUGUAAUUAUCAGUUCGGGUUUUUGGUCGGGGGUGGUUUUGUUAGGUGUCGACGAUCGGUUCGCGUUAGUUGAGGUCGAGGUGUGUUGUUAAGUCUCCGUGAUUUUGCCAGAUGAUAAGAGUUCACCGAUUGAUUGAUGUACAAAAGGUUCAUGGAAUGUAUACGUUCGAUGGUUUUGAAUACUUUUUAAGUUUGGAUCGUGUGCUCUUGGUUCACUCGGUGUUUACCCGGUAUAGAAACUGAACAAGUUUGAGGUUGCUUCCUCCUUGAUCUUUACGACAAAGUGGGAAUAUUGGUUA